CUCCCGCGAGUGAUGGAUCCAUGAAGUUGUUAGUACAAAAAUGGCUGAUUUCCUGCCCUCCCGGACGGCUUUAGUUUGUAUCCCCGCUUGUUUUCUCUCCAGCAACGAGGUCGAGCAACAGAGAAAGUCCAAAGAGAUAGACAGAUGUAUUUCUCGGGAGAAGACGUUUGUGAAGCGGCUGGUGAAGAUUUUACUUCUGGGAGCGGGCGAAAGUGGCAAGUCAACUUUCCUCAAACAAAUGCGCAUAAUUCAUGGGCAGGACUUCGAUCAGCGGGCCAAAGAAGAGUUCCGGGCUACAAUCUACAGCAAUGUUAUCAAAGGAGUGCGGGUCCUCGUGGAUGCCAGAGAAAAGCUGCACAUCCCUUGGGGAGACCCUUCUAACCAGGCCCAUGGAGAAGUCAUGAUGGGCUUUGACACCCGCUCGUCCAUGAUGGCCCAGGGAAUAGUAGAGACCAAAGUCUUUCUCCAUUAUCUGCCAUCGAUCCGCGCCCUGUGGGCUGACAGCGGGAUCCAGUCUGCUUAUGACAGGAGGAGAGAGUUUCAGCUGGGUGAAUCAGUUAAAUAUUUUCUGGACGAUAUGGACAGAAUUGGGCAGCAGGACUACUUGCCAACUCAGCAGGACAUACUUCUGGCACGGAAGCCCACCAAGGGCAUCCAUGAGUAUGACUUUGAGAUCAAGAAUGUUCCGUUUAAGAUGGUGGAUGUGGGCGGGCAGCGGUCAGAGCGCCGUCGAUGGUUCGAGUGCUUUGACUGUGUCACUUCCGUCCUCUUCCUUGUCUCAUCUAGCGAGUUUGAUCAGGUUCUAAUGGAGGACCGUCAAACCAACAGGCUUAUGGAAUCACUCAACAUAUUCGAGACCAUCGUCAACAACCGUGUCUUUUCGAAUGCAUCGAUCAUUCUCUUUCUCAAUAAGAUGGACUUGCUGGAAGAGAAAGUGAAGAUUGUGUCUAUCAAAGACUAUUUCCCUGAGUACACGGCAGAUCCCCACGAUCUGUCUGAAGUGAAGAAGUUCCUAGUGGAGUGCUUCCGCAGCAAGCGUCGUGAACAACAGAAACCCCUGUACUAUCACUUCACCACUGCCAUUAACACAGAGAACAUCCGACUCGUCUUCCGUGAUGUAAAGGACACUAUCUUGCACGAAAAUUUGAAACAGCUCAUGUUGCAAUGAGAGACGUGGGGCGUUGUUUAUGAUCAGUCCAUUUUAUUGAGUUUUGUUUGUUUGUUUGUUUGUUUUUUUGUUUUUGUUUUAAUUUUUCCUUUCUUUCUGUUUUUGGCUUCUCUUUAACAUGAUCCAUGAUUUAGUAAAAGCCCUGAAAUUAAAACCUGCCCAAAGCAGGUACAUUUUGUUGCCACUGGGAGGUAAGACUACUUCACCAAGCUCCCCUUUUGUUUUUAUAAUUUUUUUAAUUAUUAUUUUUUUAAUAAGCUGUCUGUCAGACACAUUCUCCAUGUUCUGGUGCUCCAACCUGAUCACUGCUGAUUUUGCAGAUGAACUCUCACUGAUGUCCUGUGGAUCGGUAUGACGUAUGGCUUUCUCCUAUCCAGAUAAGAGUUUUGGGGCGUAUAACUCUAAAGACCUCUAUUUCUCAAUGUUGCUGUAGUUAUUCAUUGUUUAUCUGUAGACAUCAGGCCAUCUACAAUAUACACAAGAUUUUAUUUUUUAGUAACUUUUUACUAUAGGGCAGCGUUCGUAAGGCUACGUGACAACCCUCAUAAGACCUUAAUGACAACUGACAAACCUACAUCAAUAUCGAUAAACACUGUGUCAGCUGAUGUCGACUGUUUUCUUUCUGAUUUGGGGCUGUCACUCUCUGUGGUGAAAUGACAGAGGAUGUCACAGUAAAAGUGCUUAUAUGACAUAGCUGGACAAGUCAGUGUGGUUAAAGAGGUCUUUAGGUAAAAUGUUUAAUUUUAUAAAUUUUACACAAAUGUAAGUUGUUAUGAUGUGCAGGUCAUUUCACCUGAAUGUGUCGUGACACAGUGUCAUUAAAAAAAUAGGUGCUAUGUCAAAGUGACAACAAAGUUGACAAAAGCAGCCUUUCUGAUGGACGACGCUUACUGGAAUAAGCAUUUUUAAAUAUUUGUGUGGGUUUAUAGGUUAUGCAGCUUAAUGAACACUGCCCUGCAGUACAGUUACUUAAUUUAAGCACUGUUACAAAAAUUAUUUUGCUACUCUGCAGUUGUUUUAAACUAGUAUUUAGGUAAAAUGAAAAAAGUAACUUGGAAGAUGAAUUACAAGGAAGAUGAAUUAGUGACGACCUUUGUGAAUAGCAGGCUAGUAAAAUUAGCUUAUAUUGGUCAUUGAUGCCCCAAACAAUAUCUGUGCUUUUGAGAGAAGUGUGUUUGGAAGGUUCAUAUUUUAUUUUUUGUAAUUAUUUUUAUAUUUUAUUUACCCAAGUGGCUGGUGGACUGAACAGUUAGUCCCUUUUAAGUGUCUGGCUUUCAUAUUUGUGGAGCAGGCAUGGACAUGCCACAGAGCUAAGUGGUAAAUGUAGCUGAACUAUACAUUCAGAGUCACACUCCAAAUGCUAACUGACUAGCCUGGUUAACUGCUGAGACUCAGGACUGUAAAUAUGCAUUGUAGACACAUAAUUGAUGAGCACCCCUUAAUGAUUGCAAUUUUUGGAUUCGUUGAACAAAUCAUGGUGUUUGGUGACCCCACUCAGAACACCAUAUAAUUGCACUUGAACGUGCAUUAUCCUAGUUAAGGUACCCGUGUAUGUAAUGCUGUUGUUUUUGUUAUUAUCAAAAGGGAAAAAAUCUUUGUUAUACAGAAUGUAUGUUGUACAGAUCCCUUGUCUAUAGUUUUGAAUCAUAGUCUGGCAGAUUUUUCACUUUAAUGUUUCCUUAAAAGUGAAAUGUGACCAGCAUUAUCUAUGAAACUUUCCUAUGUUGGGUUAUAUAUUAAUUUACCAGAGUUAGAUAAAUAUGUGUACAUAUGCAGUUAUCAUGUCAGAUUUACUUCAAGAAACCAAAUAACCUUAUUGUCUUAUGUUGUUGGCUUAAGUGGGCAGUUUUUCCUCAGGGUUUGUGGUGUGAUUUUAUUUUGGGAAUGGGAGGAAGCAUUUUUUGUUUUUUAAUGUAGACCAAGACGUUCAGAAAUUCACCUCAUAUGACCAUUUACAGUACAACCUUGCAUAUUUUAUGAUUUUAAAUCUUAGAGCUAGAGAGCAGAUUUUUCUCAGUUCUCAUCUCAGCUGGCAGUUUUGGGUAAAAACUGUGUCGCAUGACAAAGUCCUUUACAUCAUCUGUUGACAUAUAUGACUAGCUAAGAAAUCUUGCUUGUUGAAGUGGCUUCUUGCUUGUGAAUAUGUGAAAUGAUUUUGACAGUGGUGUAAGCCUUACUGUAAUUUUGAGUUAGAAGACUGUCAUCACUUUAGCUAAUUUACAGUGCUAAGCUGAUUUCCUGAAGACUGGCACAGGGGUCUGUUUUCACGGUUUGCAAAAGAAUUUGCUCAGUUUAGUCAUAGCCCACAACUGUCACUUAUGUUCUUUGUGUACAGUAUCGAUUUCAUUGUUUUCAAUCGCUUUUGUAUAACUCCUUUUGGUCCAUUAAAUCUGACUAUUUUACAGA